AUGCAUGGAGAGCUUGCCAACAAGCUUGUCCAACACGCAAAACGCACACUCACGCUCCCGGCCCUGCCUCCCUAUCAGACAGAACUCGUGCGCUCCGUGGUGCGCGAGGUGCGCGACCUCGACCGCGAUGUGAGCCGGAUUCUCGAGCCGUUUACCACGACCGCGUACGACGACGAGGGGAACCCGUCGUCGCAGAGCACGUUCAAUCCGACCGACCACCCGGCCACGGCGUGUGCGCUGCUAGUUGACCACCUGAGCAUGAGGAGGGAUAAGCGGUGUCUGCUCGCGUACCACCGGGUGCGGGCGGAGAAGUUGGAGGGCAUGGUGUGGGACGGGCAGGACUUGGACGUUGUGGGACUAGGCGCCGACGCGAGUGCUAAUGCCCCGAAUACAAAUCCCCGCGAGGACGUCGUAGUAGGGCCAGGGACGGGGACGCACAACUCGCUUUCGCCGGAGGAAUCCUCGUACUUCCACGCCUACGUCGACUUCCUGUCGCAGUACAAAGGCCAGUGGACGGAUGUCGACUUGACCGGCUCGCUCGAGCCGCCGCGCGACCUCUUCAUCGACGUGCGGGUGCUCAAGGACGCGGGGGAGAUCCAGACAGAGUACGGAGCCAUCAAUUUGACCAAGAACUCGCAGUUCUUUGUCCGGAAAGGGGACGUGGAGAGGUUGAUCCAGGGCGGAUUCUUGAAACGGUUGAGUUGA